GUAGCAAUCGCUGAGGUCUACAAAAAUGAGGGCAACGAUGAGUACAAGAAGAACAAUUUUAACAACGCCAUUCAAUUCUACACGGAGGGAAUUGAAGUGAACUGUAAAGAUGAAGAACUGAACGCCAUACUGUACAGCAACAGGGCGGCGGCACGUUUUAAUUUGGGUGAGAAGUUGCUGUUAGUUGUUUUAGAUAUCAUUAAUUUCUUUUUGCCUAUCGGAUCGUUUUGGGGGCGGGGAGUGUAGCAACUGCUAUAAAUAUUAGCAGUGAUUAUGUGACUACUGUGGUGAAAUGGUUCCAUCGUCUUUUUGCAUUCAUUCUUUCACAGGUAAUUACACUAAAACACUGGAUGAUGCAAAAAUUGCCGUGGGCUUACGACCAUCUUUCUUUAAAGCUUUUGUGCGAGGUAAGUUAGCUAUAGUCCCGUCGUCAAAAGUUAGUGUUGAAUCCAUUUCCUGGCUGAGAAACAGAACUUGGUUGUUCAUGUUGCCUUUUAACCAUGGGACUUGAUCAGUUUUAAUUAAAUCUGAACAGAGAAAGUUCAUUAUUUACGAAUUUUAACACAAGAGGCGAUUGAUUUUUAUGAGUAGAAUGUUUCGUGUUCACAUGUACUGUUGUAAAAAAAAAACAAUGUGUAACGACGUAGAAGGAUGGAAAUUAUUAGCUUCACCAGGGUGUUCAGGUUGGACCGUCCUGAGAAAAAAUACCUGGAUCAAUCCCUGAAAUUUCUUUCCAAGGAUGAUAAGAUUGUGGCGAACCAAAUAGCCUGUAACCACGGCAACCGAAUGUUUCAGCACAAUAUCAAAAAUUUCGGAACUUUCUCAAACGUACUCUGUUCUUCUAACGCACCAGUCAACCUAUGGAAAAACCACUCUACAUCUGCGAGUAGUUAACGACCUCCUCGUUUCCCGUCUCGCCUUGACAACAAACGUGAUGUUCUUCUAGUACUGUUUUAACGUUCAGUUGCAGCUGUAUUUACUAUGAUUUUUUGACUCCAUCUUUGAUCGGUCUGGUGUACAACAGGUUAAGUCAGCUUAUAUCUCUUCUCUAUCAGAAGCUUUCACUAAAGCUGCUGCCACUGUUUAUAACAUGGUAGCAUGGGAUAUCAUAAUGCAAUGUUUGUAAACCUACGCAGUUAUCGCUACAAAAAAAUGCGCAGUAGAUGUAAUGUUGGCUGUGCAAUUGUCCUAUCCUGGACUGUUCCAUGUACAUGAUUUUUUUUCGCCGUACGUUGUUUCCGCUUGCCUUUCAUCGCCCACACAAAUUUUCAAAUAGUCCUUCCCUUGAUACUACAAACAACAUAAUCAGCAUUAGAUGCAUGAAAUGUGUUAGUGCUAAGCUAUACUUUUUGUAUUUACAGGUGCAAGUGCCUGCGUUCAGUUGAAAAAGUUUGACGAAGCCAUCACUUGGUGUGAUAAAGGAUUAGCAGUAUCCUUUCCUAAAGUUGAUAGAAUAAUUUUAAUUUGGAUUCAAUUUCCCUAA